UUUAUGUGGUUGAAAUAUGAAUGGGAAACACUGGCCAAGAGAGAAACUAAUGAUCAAGUGAACAUUUUGUUGCAUGUUUAGGCAGCAAGUCCACCAAUCUUCUGUAUUGGCGUGUGAUGUCGUUUAGAUCUUUUGCUCUUGCUUUUAAAAUGAUUAGUCUGAGGGAAGUUGGGAGUAGAUAUUCAGUAUGGAAUUCUUUAGUGCUGUUUUGUUCAUCAGCUUUGGAGAGUUCCCAAUGGCACAAUAAUAGCAACUGUGGAGGUCAGGCAAUUUUUUGCAAAAACGGAUAAAGAUGCUGGGAUUGACCAGGUUGGGAUAGAGUGGCGUAUAAUACUUAACCUGUUAUAAAAAUGACAUACAGAGCCAUCGCUGAUCUCCUGAAGUCGCUCUUGUUUUUGUGCUUCUGUUUGUGGUAUAUCAACAAUUAAUGUAUCCAGGGAUCUAUUGAACACUAUAAACAAUUUAAACAAAACAAACACCACAAUUCAAGGAAGUGCCCUGUGAGUAUGUAACAGUGAUAUUUACCCAUACAGUUACCUCAUCUUAAAGUUGGCUAGUUUACUGCUUAGAAGUCUAUGUUCAGACUAACCAUUUUAAAAGCAGGAGCAAAAGAUCUAAACGACAUCACACAUCAAUUAUCUUUCUGGUUUUCUUUAUUCAUUUUAUUGCCAUUACUGUGGCUAUUUGAUUUCACGUGACAGUCAAAAAUGGAAGAAAUAUAGGAUCGAAAGUAGCACAGCAUGGUAUAUUUUCACAGCCCACUGAGGAGAAUUGUCCCUGCAUCCAUUAUGUUGCACAGUGCUUGAUCUACAACCAGAGGGUCUUUCUUCACACACUUAAUUUUUCAUUUCUAGGGUUACUGUGCUCAAUGUGAGUUAGAGUAUAUCUGGAGUUUCCAUGCCUUUUCUGGUCUGUUCCUGUUUUUCCAAGACAGAAGUAGAGUCAAUUGAUGCUGGAAGCCAGAGCAAUGAAGUUGCCAGACUUUCAAAGAGCCCUUUGCAAGAUUCUAACAUGAUAUAUUCCAACUGUGCCAGUCACUAUGAGCUUCAGUCUGAACUAGGCAAGAGUUUUAGUAAUUUAACCACAGUGAAUCUGGCUAAACACAUCCCAUCAGGUAAAAUGGUGGUUGUGAAACGCACUAAUAUGGACACCUGUUCUGAAGAUAAUCUAGUCUCCCUGCAGAAUGAGCUUCUUCUCUGGCACUUACUCCGGCACCCAAACAUUCUGCCACACAGAGCCGUUUUCACACAGGGCUGCGAGUUAUGGGUCAUUAUGGCAUUCACAGCUUACGGUUCAGCGAGCAGUCUCCUAAAGAUGUAUUUUACUGAAGGCAUGAGUGAAAGUCUCAUUGCGCAUAUUUUUCAUGGAGUUUUGAAGGCACUGGAUUAUAUUCAUCGAAUGGGAUGCAUUCACAGAUGUGUUAGACCCAACCACAUGCUAAUAUCUGGGGAGGGUCACAUUUAUCUCACUGGUCUGCAUGGUCUCUGCAAUAUGAUCACAGAUGGACAAAGGUUAAAGGUUGUGUACGACUUCCCAGAGUUCAGUGCUUCUGUAUUACCUUGGCUGAGCCCUGAGGUUCUCCAGCAGGACUUGCAUGGAUAUGAUGCAAAGUCUGACAUCUACAGCCUUGGUAUCACAGCGUGUGAGUUAGCUAGAGGCCAAGUUCCCUUUCAAGAUAUGCUGCCCACACAGAUGCUUCUUCAGAAACUGAAGGGCUCAUUGUGUCUAGUGGACCUCAGUUUUCCUCCAGAGGAUGUAAUGAUGAAAAAUUAUCGCUGUGGAGUGGAUUCUGGAAUUGGGGAGAGUGUUGCACCCUGCAGCAGGCUAAGGACAAGCGCAAAGGAAGGAUCUCGGAGUUCAAUGAAGAAAACAUUCUCCUCAGCCUUUCACAGCUUUGUGGAGCUCUGCCUACAGAGAGAGCCUGGAAAUCGGCCAUCAGCAAGUAUGUUGUUGACCCACCCCUUUUUUAGACAGGUUAAGAAACAGACCAGGAAGACGCUGAUUAGUUUGCUUCAACCAGCAGUGCCACUGUCUGGUUCUCCGGCCAAAGAAGUGCCACAGUCGCAGGUGGAUGAUUCAGUCAGUCCCUUACAAGAGCUAGAUGGUGGCUGGGAAUUUUGAAUUUUCUUGUUAUCUUCCAACUUUUCUCCCUGUUCAUACAUAUGAAAAAAGCAAAAUGGGCUUGAAUUGGAGACAACUUAAGCCAGUUGCCCAUUAAGGUGACUGAAAGUGUGGAAAAUUAUCUUGUAUUAAAUUCGGUAUUUGUCAUUACUACCCAUGUAUGUAACUUUGUACAUUGUACAAAAUGUUCUUGAUCUCCUUCUCUUCUGUAAAUAGACUAUACAUUUACACAGCUUAAUCCAAAUUGAUCCUUCAAUCAGAUUGGAUUUAUUUUCUAGUUCAAUGUUAGAUUAUUGCCUUGAAACUGGCUGCAUGUAAAAGUGCAUAAAUAUAUUUUUGAACAUAUCUUUGUAUUUUCUUUACAGGUUUAACGGUAAAGUUAAGGCUGAAUGUGUUAGAGAGCAUGCUGAUUUGAUGCUUUAGUGAGCUCUCUAUGCCCUAGACGAUUAAAUACAGAUUUGAAUUUGCAGUUUCCGGUUGGGUUUCUAAUUUUCUUGGAAUUUAGUAUUAGGCUGAGAUGGGCACUAAGCACAGCAAGAAAAACACUGAGCAGAAGUUGAGAGAGAGGAGUGCAAAUGAAGGUUACACUGAAGCAUUCUCAUCUAUUUGCUUAGGUGAGGACCUUUUCUCCUAAGUUAGUGGAAGAAGAGGUUUACAAAGUGUUAGUACUUUGUGCUUCUGUUGUUUGAAAUGGGACCCAAACUUUAAAGACGUGUACAUUGUGUUUACACUAUAUUUUGCAUUGUUUAACAAGAGUGUACACAGUGCCUUCAAUCUGUCCUUAAUGUGAGAUGUAAAUUACUGUAAAACCUGGCUAUUAUUGGAUAUUGUGUGGAAGGAUGAGAAUUUCAAUUGGUCCUGAAAUUUGGUUUUGGGUUCAAACCCUCCCUUUUAACACAAACCUGAAAUUAAUGCGGAUUUUUUUUUUCAGGUUAAUACCACUAGCUGAUUUUUCCAGUGGAACCCAUCUUCAUGAGCAAAGUACUUUAUUUAAAAAUAAGGUAUUUAACCAGUUCAACCCAGUUGAUUCGUAGUAAUGACUAGAUUGUUUGAUUGGGGGUGGAAGGGUUUUGUUUGCAGGACCUAUACUGAUGCUACACCUGAUUAGUAAGAUAUGUUGUACAGAUGAGGAUGAAAAGGGCAGUUGCAAAUAACCAUAAGGCAGACAAGAAUUUAGUUGAGGAAGUGAGGCCAUUCACAUUGGGUUUGAGAAAGUCACCAGAAUAUUUUUGGAAUUGGGCAUAUUACAUGUGGAGGAGGAAGGGAAUUUCGGUGUCCAUUUUCACAUAACUAAAAAUUAAUUGGAAGGUAAAAGAGCACUAAUGGAAUGUUAGUCUUUUUCACAAGGGUUGGAAUUCAAAAGUGAGGCUUCACUUGAAUAAAACUUGAAGUCUCAUCUGCUGUACUUUUGAGAUUUGGGCAUUUGUCAUAACCUCAGGAAAGAUAUAAAAUUGGCUUUAGAACUAGUUCAAUGCAGAAUCACCAGAAAGAUCUAGGGCUAAAAGAGGAAAUUGGGGUUAAAUUGCAUAAACCUAUAUGUAACCUGUUCAGUUUAAAUGGUUGAAGUUUGAACUAAUGGGUGUGUAAUCAUAACCUAAUGGGGCUAACUUUAAGUGUGGCCUGAAGUGUCUCUGUUGUUUAACACCAGUAAAAUAGCCUUUCCGCUAUCAGUUGUCAAAGGAGCAGGAAUUAUUCACAUUUUAUAUUUUACCAAAGUAAAAUAAGUUCCUGAUUGUUUAACUUUAUGUAUAACUGAACUGUCUUACCGAUAAAUAGUUCAGUCAUUUCCUUUUGAAGUUUGCAGAUGGGUUCACCUUUAGUAUAGUACUUCUAAAAGAUUUUUUAUUUUCUCUUUUUGUGAAAUCAGGGUCUUCCAAGUAUCUUGGUAUCCUAGUUAAAUGCUGAAUUUCGUUCGGAGAAUAAAUGUUUUUCUAUCUUUUUUGAGGUUACUAUUGACGUUUUUAAACAGAUUGCUAACAAAAAACUUACUGGUCUCAAAUGUAAUCUUAUUCUCUGUCCAGUAAAGAAUAUUUAGCAUCUCAGAUAAACACUCAGCUAGAGUAGGCCAUUAAUAUUUGAAGCCUACUCUGCCACUUAGUAAGAUCGUGGCUGAUCUGAUUAUUGUGUCCAUUCCAUCCUCCUAUCUGCAUCCCCUCAGAACCUUGACUGCGAUGCCUAUCGAAAAUGUAUUUCUGUCAGAUUCAAGUAAAUUCAGUGACCAGAGUCUAGAGCUUUCUAAAGACAAAUCUACAGUCCAGUGACCCUCUGAGUUAAAACAUUUCUGCUGAUAUCCAUAUUAAAUGUGAGACUUCUUGCUGUUAAACAGUGUUGGUGGUAGUUCUUGUAAGUACCAUGGAGUGAACAUUCCACUUUGGUUCAGAUUGCAGUCAAAAUUGGACUAAUUUUUGAAAAAGAAUAUACAAUGCAAAUUUCUGGUCAAGCUCAUGUGCAUGUUGUACACGAACUAAUGCAACCAGGCAGUAUAUUAUAGUAUUAAAGUUUAUUUAUCUUACACUCAUUAAAAUAUGUUCCCCAAUUAUAUUUAAGAGCGGUGCUGUCCAACUGGAGAGCCAUGUUUCAAUUUUUUGUCUUAUUCAGGAGGGCUGGUCAGCAAAUUUCAGACAGAUAAGAUUUGGCAUAGCAGUAAAUGUGACAUUUGAAGAAAAUGUCUAAAGCAAUGCAUUAAUAAUUUUAAUAACUGAAUAAAUAACAAAAUUGGCCAUUGGAAAGUAUUAGGCAGCAGAGGUAACUAAUAAAAUUCUUUUUGCCACUCUGAUUAAGAAACAGAGCUGAAGAGAAACAUAAGCUCUACCUCAAGCAUAUAUUCCCACUCACUCCUAUCUACACAUGCUUGUAUGCGCACAUUCCCUUCUGUGCGCACACACACACUCUCCUGCACGUGCUUUCAUACACUCAGUCAUGCCGUUUCCCACACAACACACUCACUCCCUCUUUUUUGCACAAGCAUGCACAGUUUCACUCCUUCACUUUCUACACACACUGUUGCUCUCCUAUACACACUUUGUGGACUUUUGAGAUGUGUUGACUGCAGUGCUUUGGGAGCAGUGAAGGGGUGAAUGUCAUCUUUCCUGUCCCACUCAGUACUCCCAGACUCAUCCCCCCCACCUGUCCAGCAGGUGUUCUGUCCCUUGUCUAUCCUCCUCAUGAUGGGGUCAUCACUUCCCCAAACAGUUGCGUGCACCUGACCUUUGUAUUUAUGCUGCUGCAAGUUGUUUUAAACUUUCUUUUACUUCAUUUCUGCCACAAAAUCUUAAUGAAUAUGAGCUGGCUUGUUGCCCCGAGGCCUCUUCAAAUUUACCAGUUGUGGUAGAAAGUGGAUAAGCCAUUUUACUGUCACAGGACAGUUGGUUCUGCACAAUAUAUAUUUUUUCCUUCCAACCAGCAAACUGGAAAAACAAAAAAAAAUCAGAAAUCUUGAAAUGAGAAAGACUGUUCACCCACCAUUGCUGCUGCUCCAACACCAUCACAUCCACAGUCCAGGACAGACCACCUUGAGGGUGGUCACCCUCAAAGAUAUUUACAUCCCUACCUCUAAUCAAACAGACACAUCUAUGACAGAGCUGAAAGCUUUCAUCAAUAGCACCUUCCACAACCACCAUGUAUCUCAAAAUGCUUACUUGUCUCAUUUUCCAAGUGUAGUCAGUAUAGGAAUAAGUACUGUAAUCUUCAAUCAUUAGGAAACAACCUAACAUUUGGAGUAUUCUCGAAUAUCAGUAAAACAUCAAAGGCAUUUGAACAACUUUAAUAUGCAGCAACACUGUGUUGCUAAGUAUUUGUAAUAGGGUUAAGCUAUAACAACUAAAAUAGUAGGCUUCCAGUAGAUAAAGAGUUCUAGAUAAUAGCUUGUGAUAUUUAGGGCAUACAUGCUUAAGACGGACCAGAUAAACAGGGUGUCACAGAGGUUCUUGUGAGUAGGAUGUAUUCUACAUUUUACUGCCAAAUAUAAUUUUAUUUGUCACGCACCUGGUGAUAUGUAGUGAAAGGAAACAAAUUUUGAAAAGCAGAUAAAACACACAAAUGUUUUAUUUGUUUACAAGACUGUUUUCAACUUAAGAGCAAUCUGACUUCGUCUUGAAUAUCUUGCAUUUACAACUUUUAAGUUCUGUGUACGCCAUAAAUUUGUAGAUAAAGGGACAAAUCCUUCACACAAGCCUGAAGGAAUUUAUAUUUAACACUGAUACUCAAUGAAGGCCUAUUUACUGGAAUGAUUCAAUAUAACAUAUUUCAGUUGUUAACUUUGUGUCCAAUGGGCCCCUUCUGUUGGAGAUAUGUAAACCUAAUUGUCGACUAUGUUUUAUAUUUCAAAACUGUUAAAUUGAAAAGUAAAUUUAAGCUUUGCUCAUUUUAUUCUGCAAACGAAAGUGCCUUAAAAUUUUGCUAUGAUUUAAUGUGAUAGCUUAUGGAAAGUUGCACUUUAAAAAGGAAACUUAUUCCAGGAUCAACACAAGUAAUGCUGAAGUUUGUAUCUUGCUGUGGACCACUUCUUUUUCUUGUAUAAAUGUAUUACUGUAAGCACAAUAUAUAACUUGUAUAAAUGCAAUAAAACAACUUGUGGAAUGUG